AUGGAGCGCGCCACAAUGUAUAAGCCAUCCGAGCACCAAGCCGCCGGACACGACGGGUGUCUCACCGAUGCUGACGAGACGCUAUUCAUCAAGUUGACCUCGCCCCAGGAGGUGGAGUUUUACACGGCAAUCAUGGCCCAGGACCUGGAGCGGGACGACAGCGACGACGUGCCGCUCCUGGCGUGGAUGCCCCAGUGUAUGGGGCUGUUGAUGCCGGGAGACGUCACCAACCAGCCGGCCGCCAAACCCGACCAGGUCUACGUGGUGUUGGAAAACCUCUACGCUGGUUUCAAGCGCCCCUGCAUCAUGGAUAUCAAGCUAGGGGCCAAGCUCACCGACGACACCGUCACCGCCCCCGAGAAGAUCGAGCGGCUCCAGAAAGUUAGCGAUGCCACCACCAGUGGUAGUCAUCACUUCCGCGUCUGUGGUAUGAAGCUUUACAACCAGAAUUCGGAGGAAAAGCCCUCCAUUGUCGGUGGUCUUGACGAUACCGUGACCGUGGUCAAAGAUAAGGCCGACGACGCCUAUCUCGAGUUUAAUAAGUUCUAUGGACGUCAAUUGACUCUGGAUACGGUGGUGGAUGGGAUCAGACAAUUUUUCGGUCCCAUUCUCGCUCACGGGCCGUCGCCCCACGCCAAGCUUGUUGUCAAACGCUUAGUGCAAACAUUUUUGAAGCGAUUGCAGCUAUUAUACAAUACGUUGCUUGACUACGAAGUCAGGAUGUUUUCGGCGCUGCUAUUAUUCAUGUACGAGGGUGAUUUAAGUCGAUGGCACCUAGACGACCCGGUUGACGAUGCCCAUCUUUUGGUGGACGACGACGCCUACGACUCCGCGGACCCACUACUUGCUGACCGCCGAAUUGCCGAUGACGACGACGACGAGGAUGACACCGAGGACACGACUCCGACAGCACGGUUGUCCCAACUUAAUUUGAUUGAUUUCGCUCAUUCGAGAGUGACCAAGGGUGAGGGUCACGACGACAACGUAAUUGAGGGCGUGGCAAAGCUUAUUGACGUGUUUACCGCUAUUGACGCCUCGAUUUAA